AUGAACUACAAAGUUCUAACAUGUGGGUCAAAUGGCAACUAUCAACUAGGAACAGGCGAUAAUGAAGACCAUGACAAACUACAGGAGGUGGCACUUCCACCAGAGGCCAAGCUAUCUGGGGUAAGACAGUUUGCUUUCGGCGGAAACCACACUUUUAUUUUGCUUGAGGAUGGCCUGCUCUUUGCAACAGGAAAUAAUGAACAUGGCCAAUGUGGCAUACCUGGGCCUCAAACGCUUUUCAACUUCACCAAAGUAACAGGAUCCUGGAAACAUGUAUCUGCCGGGUGGGAGUUUUCUGUUCUUUGUUCGAUCGACAACAGAGUCUUCACGUGCGGUUACGGACCAAAAGGCGAAUUGGGACUUGGGCCUAAAAUAACGAGAGCAGAAACUUUACACGACUUGAAGAAAGAGUGGAAGGAUGUGGUAGCAAUGGAACUGUCCAUCAACCACACUAUUGUAAAAUUAGCGGAUGGCACAUUUUUCGGGUGGGGUGCAAGUAGGAAACACCAAAUGGGGGAGUUUCCUGGUGUCCCCAAUAAAAAAGGUGACUUAAAACCUCUUGCUCAGUUAUGGGAACCAACAAAGCUAAACUUAACUGCAGAAUCAGUAAAAUUGGGGCGAGAGAGAACGUUGUUACUAGGCGAGUCAUUGCGAGUCAUCGGAAAAGAUCCUUUAGAGAUUGAUGUGAGGGCAAACAAAGCCCGAGCGAUGUGGUCAUCAAUCCACUAUAGCCAUGAAGUGGAUGGAAGCUUGGUGGUGUCGUCUGUUGGAAACAAUUCUCAUGGACAGCUUUUUCAAUACGAUGUGCCAGAAAAGAUCGUUGAUUUUGAAGUAGGGAGUGAACAUGGAAUCCUUCUAACAGAAUCAGGGAAAGUCUACGCUUGGGGAUGGGGCGAGCACGGUAAUUGUGGGGAAAGGAAAGACGAUUCAGUCACUUUCAACUUCUUGAACCUAAUUUACAAUGGAACAUCAAAAGUCACCAAAAUGGCUUGUGGCUUGGCCACAACAUGGUUAGUUGUGGAAUAA